AAAAAAGAUUAUUUCUUUGUUGUUGUGUUCUUUCUUGCAUUUGCAUUGCGCCUCGUAAAAACAAACAGAUAGACAAAAAAAAUCCAAUUGGGUUACAAACUCUUGUUAUUCAUCACAAUCACAGGAAACUGAGUUAAAACAUUGUUUCUGCAUCAAUACAUCUCUAUCUCUUUAGAGUAUAGACGUCCGUCUGCAAGGCUAUAUAAUUUGAUACUAUAAUGGCUCUUCCUGGUUCCCUGCAAUUGUCUCAUGGCCUGGGACUUUGCAGGAACCUCAACAGUAAUAAAGAUCGGAGGGUAAAGGGGAGAUGCAAGUUACAGUUAGACAACCUUCCUUUGCAGCUCAUGAAACAGGACUACAGGGGUCUUCAACACCUCCAUCAUAUAAACAGGUCAACACAUAGAUUGUCUCGCAAAUCACGCUCUUUUAAAUGUCAUUGUUUUUUAGUGCCAGGCGAGCGAAUUGCACUUUCUUCUGUUAAGGUGGCUACUACAGUACUGACAAGGUGCUGUAAUGUUUUACAAAACAGUCCAGUCAUUGUAAAGUUGAUUCCCGCUGUUGGCAUUAUCAUUUUUGCAGUAUGGGGUGUUGGCCCAUUAACGUUUCAGACAAGGAAACUGUUUUUUCAGAAGAGUGAUAAUAGUUGGAAAAAAAGUACCACUCAUUACAUAGUAACUUCAUACCUUCGACCACUACUGUUAUGGACUGGAGCCGUACUUAUUUGCAGAGCAUUUGAGCCAGUAAUUCUGCCUACAGAAGCUAGCCAGGCUGUUAAGGAACGACUUUUGAAUUUUGUUAAAUCGUUGGCGACUGUAGUGGCUUUUGCUUAUUGUUUAUCAAGUGUGAUUCAACAAGCACAGAAAAUUGUAACAGAGAAUGUAGAUGCAAGCGAGACAAGAAAUAUGGGAUUCCAAUUUGCAGGCAAAGCUGUUUAUUCUGCAGUAUGGAUUGCUGCUUUUUCAUUGUUUAUGGAAUUGCUGGGCUUUUCUACCCAGAAAUGGGUCACAGCAGGAGGUUUUGGAACAGUUUUGUUGACUCUUGCUGGCCGUGAGAUAUUUACAAACUUCCUUUCAAGCGCGAUGAUUCAUGCAACUCGACCUUUUGUGGUAAAUGAAUGGAUUCAAACGAAGAUUGAAGGAUAUGAGGUGUCUGGCACUGUUGAGCAUGUUGGCUGGUGGUCACCAACAAUUAUACGAGGUGAAGAUCGUGAAGCUGUACACAUUCCAAACCACAAAUUCACAGUGAAUGUUGUGCGGAAUCUAACUCAAAAAACACAUUGGAGAAUCAAAACCCACCUAGCCAUUAGUCAUUUGGAUGUAAAUAAGAUUAAUAACAUUGUUGCUGACAUGCGGAAAGUAUUAGCCAAAAAUCCUCAAGUUGAGCAGCAGAGGUUGCACAGGAGAGUGUUUUUGGACAACAUAAACCCUGAAAAUCAGGCGCUUAUGAUUCUGAUUUCGUGUUUUGUCAAGACCUCACAUUUUGAAGAAUAUUUGUGUGUUAAGGAAACUAUACUAUUGGAUCUUCUUAGAGUUAUCAGCCAUCACCGGGCCCGGCUUGCAACACCAGUCCGUACCCUGCAGAAAAUAUAUGCUGAUGCCGACUUGGACAACAUACCAUACGCAGAUACCACAUUUAAUGGUGCUGGACCAGUAGUAUCUAACCGCCCAUUAUUAGUGAUUGAUUCACCUUACAAGAACAAUGCAGAUGAUAAAACAAAAAGUCGAUCAACACGUGCAACUGUUGAUCAAGAUGACAAAACAACCGUGCGAACUAAACUCGAUUCCAAGACAGAGGAUAAGGUUGAACCAAUUGGAGCACCAGAUACUAAGGUUAGAGGAACUCAAGAUGAAUCCGAGGUAGAUGCCAAAGUCAUGGCAUCUAACUCUGAUGUGGGUGAAAACAAGCCACUGAAAUCUAAUUUAAACAAGGCAAACAUGGAGGUGCCGGAAAUGUCUUCUACUUCUAACUCCAAAGUAACUGGUCUGGAAGUAGAUAAUUCAACCAUGAAGGACAUCCAUGUCAAACAAUCCAAGGUUCAAACAGUUAAAAACACCAAGCCAAACGUCGACUCGGACAAUCUAGUUUCCUCAUCAACAAACAACGCUGACAAAGCCAAUGGAAAUAUGGCAACAAACCAGCAAGGAGAAAGGAAACCUGCUCCACCCAGGCCUGUUCUUGAAGAGAAUAUAGUACUAGGUGUUGCAUUGGAUGGAUCAAAGAGAACACUUCCUAUCAAUGAUGAGAUUGACACUGUGACAACUCAAGAGACAAAGGAAAUGGCUGCAUCCCAGGGUGGAAAUGGAUCUCCAAAGGCUUCAGAUGGGAAUGUGAAGUAAGAUUGUAGUUGCUACUAGAGGAAUAUUUAGUUAUCAGUGAGUUUAACUAGGUAGUUGUUUGAAGGCUUAGUCUUUCAAUGCUGAAAAUUUGAGCACAUUCUCAUCACUGAGAAGCUGUAUAUGCUAUCACUUCAUGUAAUUCAUAUACCCCUCAAAGGUCUUUGAGGUUUAUUGUAAUAUUAAUUCACUAUUUUUGCUGUUUCACCAAUGCAUAUAUGAUUCUGGUAUACUGCCAAUUUACUAC